GGCGGCGGAGCCGGCCGGCCGGCGGGGCUUGGCGGAAGUGGUGUGGGCGAGGUGUCCCGCAGUGCGGAGAAGCGGCGCGCGGGAGGGUGCUGGGCCCGCGAGCCGAGCUGUGGCCACUACUUUCCGUCCCUCCGGGCGCCAGGAAGAUGACGCGCUUCGCUCUGACCGUGGUCCGGCAUGGUGAAACAAGAUUAAACAAGGAGAAAAUAAUUCAAGGACAAGGAGUAGAUGAGCCUCUUUCAGAAACUGGAUUUAAACAAGCAGCUGCUGCUGGUAUAUUUCUUAAUAAUGUGAAGUUUACUCAUGUUUUCUCCAGUGACCUCAUGAGGACGAAGCAGACUGUGCAUGGGAUUUUGGAGAAGAGCAACGUUUGCAAAGAUUUGACAGUAAAGUAUGAUUCAAGACUUCGAGAAAGAAAAUACGGGGUUGCAGAAGGCAGGGCCCUAAGUGAGCUAAGGGCCAUGGCCAAAGCAGCCGGGGAAGAAUGCCCUAUGUUCACACCACCUGGAGGAGAGACCUUAGACCAGGUAAAAAUGCGUGGAAAAGACUUUUUCAAUAUUCUUUGUCAACUGAUCCUGCAAGAAGCAGGUCAGAAUGAACAGUUUUCCCAAGGAGCUCCAAGCAACUGUCUGGAAACUUCUCUGGCAGAGAUAUUUCCUUUAGGAAAAACCUGUGCCUCUGAAUCUAAUUCAGACAGUGACGCACCAGGAUUAGUCGCCAGUGUCUUAGUUGUGAGUCAUGGCGCUUACAUGAAAAGCCUGUUUAAUUAUUUUCUGACUGACCUUAAGUGUUCCUUACCCUCUACUCUGAACAAAUCCGAACUUAUGUCAGUCAGUCCCAACACAGGGAUUAGUCUCUUUAUUGUAAACUUUGAGAAAGGAAGAGAAGUGAAUCCAACAAUCCAGUGUGUUUGUAUGUACCUACAGGAUCAUCUGAAUGGAGGGACUGAAACUCACUAAAAUUUAAAUCUACAUCAAAAUCUAGCAAUUUUGAACUUUUGAGGGAGUGCCUUUGGCUUUUUUUGUUUCCAUCCUCUGCUAGUGCUGAUUUGGAAACAGUUAAAAAGCUAUUACAGAAGGUUAUAAAGCUUGAAUGGAAUCAUGGCCACAGAGAACACUAAUGGAAACCAUUUAGGACUGACUUAUUUUGUCUUGAGUACACUUGGCAUUUUCCAAAGUAAUUUUACCACCCUGGUCAGUUACAUAUCUGGAUUGUAAAUGAAGCAAGGAAUUCAGUAUUGCAAAUUGAGGGAUACAUGAUCUUGUAACUAUUUUUUUGCUUUUACUUUAUGUUGUUAUUUUCUUUUAUAUCUGAAAAAUCUAGCCUGUUCUAUUGGCUCUUGGUAAGAUACUGUAUGCUUUUUACUAUAUCACCCAGUGCUUAAAAGAAGGAACUAUUUAUAAUUCCCAUUGCAUAUUUAUAAUAAGAACAUACUGUAUUUUAAAUGUC